CAUGUUAGUGUAGCUAAAGUUUAACUAAAUAUAAUAUGGAGACCUUGUAAAAACAACAAAAUCAAGUAUCUUCAGUGAUGGUUUUAAUAGAGAAACCUAGUGGAUUAUGUUUUUCUACAACAGAUGCCGUUAUGGGGCUACAAUUUCAUGGUCAUACAGAAAUGUUGUAUAAAUAUUUACAACCUCAUAUUGGUAAUAUUCGGGUAGAACGUUUAGCCGCUGCAGCCGGUACCCAUAUUAAGAUUUGGGCUUUAUACUGGCCUGUACAAUUACUAAAUCAAAAUGAAACGCAAGUACAUCAAAAGAUAAUCAGUGACACAACCUCUGUUGAAUAUAGUAGCCAAACAAAUUCUUCAAACGACCUUACGCAAAAUUGUCAUGUGUCGAAUCGAAUCGUUUGUGUUCUGAAAGAUCAUGCGCCUCAUUAUGUUGUUAGUGCUAGAUUCUCAAGUCAAGGGCAUAUUCUGGCUAGCUGCGACAGUCAUACGAUUAUCUUUUUUGAAUUCGCAAGGUUCUGUGAAGCGUCUGAAAUGUAUGGGAUUGUGGAAGAAGUUUGGCAAGCAUCAGGAAAAAUAACAGAUCCACAUUCAGAUAUAUUCGAUCUUUGCUGGCACGAAGAUGUUGCUGUAAUAACUGGUUCCAUAUGCGGAAUUAAAGUGUGGAAUGUUAAAGAAAAAACAUUAAUGGAAUAUGUUAAAUACAGUAAUGGUUUCGUUACUGGAGUAGCCUCUUUUCAAAAUCAUUAUAUAGCAGCGGAAAGUAAUGACAAACGCAUUUGCGUGUGGAAACAAAAAAAUAAUGAAUUUCAGAACGACAUAAACAAAGGCGACAUCACUCAGACUAUAGAGAAUUUUCAAAGAUAUUUCUGUAUUAUUAAUGACACAGAGUCUUUAGUUUUAGGGCCUUUCGAGUCUCCUUAUUGCCGAAGGCCCAGUUUUGACCCUACUGGAUCAUGGGUAGCAUUCCCGUAUGGUGAGCGGGGCAAUCAGUGUUUCGGUGUAGCACAUUCCUUAAAGAAUCCUUCCUGUACGCCCUUUCGCUUUAGGGGUCAUCAUUUACGUGUGAAUUGUGUUGCAUUUUGCCCUGUUGUUUUUAAUAAAUACAUUCUAAAUGAAACAAAAACUAACCAAUCUAUCGGUAUUACAAACGAUUCAAUCACUGUACAUUCUAAUGAGGCAACUACAACAGAAUUUACACUUUAUGCGCAAGCAUCCGUGGAUGGAGCUUUGUCAUUCUGGAAAGUCAAUUACGUCUCAAACGAUAAAUUGGCAGCUUCUUGUAUAUUGCUUUUGAAGCCUCGCUUUAUUGAUGAGCAAGCCUCUGUUACGGAUUUAGCUUGGACUGGAGACGGUACAACAUUAGCUGUGGGAGCUGACGAUGGAACGAUAACUUUGGUUCAAUUUUCGUUACAAGAAAUAGAAGGAGAAAUACAAUUUAAGCAUGGUUUCUUGGAAACAUCUUUUCCUUUAACAUUUAAAAAAAUUCCAUCAUUGCCGCAUUUAUCUCGCUGUAUUCCUCACGAACCUCACUGUAGUCCUAGUCUUUCUUCUGUAGAAUUAAACAAAGACACCAAAACAUCAAAUCUUUUAAAUACAACCAUGUCACCAUCUAUAAAAACGAGGCGUCGUGUUUCACCAACUUUAAUUCAGUCUUAACUCAUUGAUUUAAAAACAUCACAAAUUUUGUUUUAAAUAUUUAUAAUAACGUAGAAUGUGUCUCCAUGCAUGGUUCGAGUUAUGUAUUUAUAUUAUGCAAACAGAACAAGCAUUAAAAAGUGACGUUAUACUAAAAUAAAUAAAGUUAUUAAAGUUUUGUUUUUCAGUUUAUUUUAGUU